AUGGCCACAACUCUGUGGCCCGCCGCCACCAUAACCCUGUUACUACUCCUCCUCUGUUCGUCCAUUCCAAAUUCUGAAUCGCAACAAGAGUACGUCAAUAACAAACAACUGAAUUGCCACCAAAACGACACCAAUUCCACAAACGGCAACCUCUGCAACAGUGUUUCGUCAUGCACAUCCUACCUCACCUUCAAAUCUUCCGUCCCAGAUUACACAACCCCUGUCUCCAUCGGUUACCUCCUCAACUCCACCGCCGCCGACAUCGCCUCCGCAAACAACAUCACCGACGUCCAAUCCAUCGCCGUCGACACCCUCAUCACCGUCCCCGUCACGUGCUCCUGCUCCGGCCCCUACUACCAGCACAACGCCUCUUACAAAAUCAAAGCACUAGGCGAAACCUACUUCGGCAUCGCCAACAACACCUACCAGUCCCUCACCACGUGCCAGGCUCUCAUGGCCCAAAACACCUACGGCGAACGUGACCUUGUUGCAGGCCUCAACAUCCACGUGCCUCUGAGGUGCGCCUGCCCCACCCGGAAUCAGAGCGAAGCAGGGUUCAAGUACUUGCUAACUUACUUGGUCUCUAGAGGAGAAUCGAUUUCUUCAAUUGCUGAGAUCUUUGGUGUUGACCGACAGAGCAUCCUCGAAGCAAACCAGCUUUCUGACACUUCGGUUAUUUUCUACUUCACGCCGAUUUCGGUUCCUUUAAAAACAGAGCCACCGACGAAUAUACAGAGAGCAGCGGCUCCGCCAGAUAGCUCCCCGCCGCCUCCGGCGGUGGCGGUGGCGGGAGAUUCCAACUCUUCCAAAAAAUGGGUUAUUGUCGGAAUUGUGGUUGGGGUUGUUGUGCUGCUUCUUGUCUGCGCUGCUCUGUUUUUCUUCUGUUUCUAUCGGCGGCGACUUGUGCAACCGCCGUCGCCGACUCCGGUGGCGAAGGCUUUCUCGGGCUCUACUACCACGGAGGUGACUAUUCCAACGACGCAGUCGUGGUCUCUUUCUUCGGAAGGGGUUCGUUACGCGAUUGAGUCAUUGAGUGUGUACAAGUUUGAGGAGUUGCAGAAAGCUACGGGGUUCUUCAGUGAAGAGAACAAAAUCAAGGGUUCUGUUUAUAGGGCUUCUUUCAAGGGUGAUUAUGCUGCGGUUAAGAUUCUCAAAGGGGAUGUGUCGGGUGAGAUCAACAUUCUCAAGAGGAUUAACCACUUCAAUAUUAUAAGGUUGUCGGGAUUUUGUGUUCACAAAGGUGACACUUAUCUUGUGUACGAGUUUGCUGAGAAUGAUUCUCUCGAGGAUUGGCUUCAUAGUGGUACUAAGAAGUACGAGAAUUCGGUGUCUCUGAGUUGGGUGCAGAGGGUUCAUAUAGCUCAUGAUGUUGCUGACGCGCUUAAUUACCUUCAUAACUAUACUAGUCCUCCUCAUGUGCAUAAGAAUUUGAAGAGUGGGAACGUGCUCUUGGAUGGGAAUUUCAGGGCAAAGGUUUCAAAUUUUGGGUUGGCGAGAACGGUGGAGGGUGAAGGGGACGAUGGGGGGUUUCAAUUGACAAGGCAUGUGGUGGGGACUCAAGGGUACAUGCCACCUGAGUAUAUUGAGAACGGUUUGAUCACUCCAAAGAUAGACGUUUUUGCGCUUGGGGUGGUGCUUUUGGAGCUUCUUUCGGGGAGAGAGGCUGUUGGUAGGGACAAGAAUGGAUCUGGGGAGCAGAUGCUGUCGGUGACUGUGAAUCAGGUGCUUGAAGGCGAGAACGUUAGAGAAAAACUCAGAGGUUUCAUGGAUCCAAAUUUGAGAGAUGAAUAUCCUUUGGAGCUGGCUUAUUCCAUGGCUGAACUUGCCAAACGCUGUGUUGCUCGUGACCUCAAUUCAAGACCACAGAUUUCUGAAGUUUUAAUGACUUUGUCCAAGAUUCAAUCCUCUACAUUGGAUUGGGAUCCGUCUGAUGAGCUUGAACGGUCUAGAUCUGUUAGCCAAAUCUCUGAUAGCAGAUAG